GCGCUGCUAAGGAACUGGCUAACAAGUCGUCUCAAACAAUAGACUUCUUCCGCCGUCCCACCGGGACUCCAGCGACUUGUGACCCGCCUCCGGAGUCGUGGGAGUGGGCGACAAACAAUCCUCCUCCGCCGUGAGAAUUGGGAACUUCCGCGAGCGUCACACUUCCCGCCAUGAGGAGCACCGAGGAGGCGGAAGGCUUGGACGGCGAGGCCGCCGACACCUCCAUGAUCUCCGGGGCCGGCAGCCCCUACCAGCCCACCACCGAGCCGGUCCACGCCAGGAGUAUCUUCGGGGGGAUCCGCUGCGACGUGGACUACCUCAAGUCUUACUUUGGCGUUUUAAAGGGAGUGGAAGUGGUCCUGUCACUAAUUGGAUUCAUCUGCAUAGAAACCAUCAUGAUGUGUUCUCCAUGCGGCGGCGUCUACUUCUUCGAGUUUGUCAGCUGUAGCGCCUUUGUGGUCACAGGCGCCCUUCUCGUCAUUUUCUGUCUCAACCUGCACACCAAAGUUCCCCACAUCGACUGGAACCUCACGGAUUUGGGCAACACGGCAGCCAGCACCUUCCUCUUCUUCCUGUCCUCCCUGGUGCUGGCCUGCAUCAACCACAACACCGGAGCCGAGAUCGCAGCAGUGACCUUCGGCUUCCUGGCCACAGGUGUGUACGGCCUGAACACUUUCCUGGCGGUACGGCGUUGGCGCCGCGGCGGUGGAGGCGGCAACCCCGGCGGCCAGAGGGCGACCCAGAGCAGCGAAUACAUGCGAGCGCGCACGGCCUCUCGCGGGGAAAUGGAGGCGCGGCCCGAGCUGGCGUGAGAAGGCCAGAAAACCCAAAUCAGACGGCCGAGAAGGACGCCGCCGUGUGGAGUGGUGAACUCAGACUUGGAGCGACGUCACAAGACCUCGGCCGCACUUCCUGCGACACAGAUGUGCUCGGCGGGUUUGUUUAGCAGGACUCCAACACCAGAGGUCCACAAUAAAAAGGGAGGAUUUGGGGACGAAGUGAAGGAAUGGAAACAGGAAGACUUUUUAAUCCGCGUGAGUCUCGAAAGUUUGGACUGAAGAUGACCUCCAUGAUGACCUCCAUGAUCCUCCCUGCAGUGAUUCCUCUGACGUCCAGCCGUUGUUUGAGUCCCCACGACGUCUCACAGUCACGUCCAGCCGCUUUUUGAGUCCCCAUGACGUCUCACUGUCACGUCCAGCCCCACGACGUCUCACUAUCACGUCCAGCCGCUGUUUGAGUCCCCACGACGUCUCACUGUCACGUCCAGCCGCUGUUUGAGUCCCCAUGACGUCUCACUAUCACGUCCAGCCGCUGUUUGAGUCCCCACGACGUCUCACCGUCACGUCCAGCCGCUGUUUGAGUCCCCACUACGUCUCACAGUCACGUCCAGCCGCUUUUUGAGUCCCCACGACGUCUCACUAUCACGUCCAGCCGCUGUUUGAGUCCCCACGACGUCUCACUAUCACGUCCAGCCGCUGUUUGAGUCCCCAUGACGUCUCACGGUCACGUCCAGCCGCUAUUUGAGUCCCCACGACGUCUCACUGUCACGUUCAGCCGCUGUUUGAGUCCCCAUGACGUCUCACUGUCACGUCCAGCCGCUUUUUGAGUCCCCAUGACGUCUCACGGUCACGUCCAGCCGCUAUUUGAGUCCCCACGACGUCUCACUGUCACGUUCAGCCGCUGUUUGAGUCCCCAUGACGUCUCACUGUCACGUCCAGCCGCUUUUUGAGUCCCCACGACGUCUCACCGUCACGUCCAGCCCCACGACGUCUCACCGUCACGUCCAGCCCCACGACGUCUCACCGUCACGUCCAGCCGCUGUUUGAGUCCCCACGACGUCUCACCGUCACGUCCAGCCGCUGUUUGAGUCCCCACGACGAUGACGACGCCGGCUGACACCAGAAAUAUAAGUACAGUAAUACCUCAACUUACGACCCAACUCCUAACUCAAACCACGCGUAUCUUAAAUAAGUCCCGCUUAUUUAAAUGUAUUUAAUUUGAGUAUAUAACAUGCCUUUUAAACAGAAAAUCUACUUUUAAUGAAUGAAUAUUGCUUGACAAACAUAUUAGAACAGGGGUGUUCAAACUUUUUCCACUGAGGGCCAAACACUGAAAAAUGAAAAGCAUGCAGCGGCCGUUUUUAUAUUUUUCGUUUUCAAAACCAUUUGGGCUCCAAGGGACCCAAAUGGAUCUCAGCAUUUAGUGGUAAAAAUAAGUCAAUAUUAAUAUUUAUUUUUACUUUCAACACUUAAAUAUCCAUGUAUAUAUAUAUAUAUAUGUCUAAAUUUCUGUAGUUUAUCCGUUCUACUGCACUCAAUACCGAGGUAGAGCAGAAUAAAAGUUAGGUCAGGAAAAAACACAGAGGGUGUUUCAUCCCUACAAGCCUGUUUCGCAGGUUUCCCAGCGGAUUUUAUAUAAAAUCUUGUUAUAUAAAAUGUUAAAUAAAAUUCCCUGAAGAGCCAGGGAAUCUUAAUAAAAUAUAUAAAAUUAUAUAUAUAUACAUAUAUAUAUAUAUAUAUAUAUAUAUGGUUUAUUUUAUUAUUAUUUUUUAUGUAUUUUUCCCCAAACAAAGCCCUAUUUUUUAUAGGAAAAAAACACAAAAAAGCAAUAUUUUCUCCCCAAAAUUUUUAAAGUGGAGUAUUUAAUGUUAAGUAAUUGGAGCCUCAAUUAGGUCAAAAAUAUAUAAAACAUUGCCCUUUUCAUUGUUAUUUUUUGAACAAAAAUGGUUAAAAAAUAAAAUUACACAAAGUGUCGGGGAUCCAAAGGGACCCCUACUCAUAAAAGUGUUAAAAAAAUAGGUCAUUUAUACAUCUAUAUAUUUUUGUUUUUAACGCUUAAAUCCCUACAUCAACUUCAAAUCUGUCUGUCAAUUAUAAUUUUUUUAUUAUUGUUUUUGAAUAAUGACAGUUGAAAAAAAAAAAAUUACACUAAAUGUCUCAGGGACCCAAAAUGCCCACCACUCAUAAAAGUGUUAAAAAUAGGUCUUAUAUUAAUCUAUGUUAUUUUUAAUGUAUUUAACACUUAAAUCCCUACAUCAACUUCAAAUCUGUCUGUCAAUUAUAAUUUUUUAUUAUUAUUUUUGAACGAUGACAGUUGGAAAAAAAAAAAGAAAUCACACUAAAUGUCUCAGGGACCCAAAAUGCCCAUCAGUCAUAAAAGUCUUAAAAAUAGGUCUUAUAUAAAUAUAUGUUAUUUUUCAUUUAUUUAACGCUUAAAUCUCUACAUCAACUUCAAAUCCAUCCGUCAUUUAUAAUUUUUGUAUUAUUUUUUAACAAGUACAAUUAAAACAAAAAUAAAAAUCACAGAAAGUGUCGGGGAUCCAAAGGGACCCCUACUCAUAAAAGUGUUGAAAAAAAUAGGUCAUUUAUGCAUCUAUAUAUUUUUGUUUUUAACGCUUAAAUCCCUACAUCAACUUCAAAUCUGUCUGUCAAUUAUAAUUUUUUAUUAUUGUGUUGGCCCUGCGAUGAGGUGGCGACUUGUCCAGGGUGUACCCUGCCUUCCGCCCGAUGGUAGCUGAGAUAGGCGCCAGCGCCCCCCGCGACCCCGAAAGGGAAUAAGCGGUAGAAAAUGGAUGGAUGGAUGGAUUUUUGAACAAUGACAGUUGGAAAAAAAAAAAAGAAAUCACACUAAAUGUCUCAGGGACCCAAAAUGCCCACCAGUCAUAAAAGUCUUAAAAAUAGGUCUUAUAUAAAUCUAUGUUAUUUUUAAUUUAUUUAACGCUUAAAUCUCUACAUCAACCUCAAAUCCAUCCAUCAUUUAUAAUUUUUGUAUUAUUUUUUUAACAAGUACAGUUAAAACAAAAAUAAAAAUUACAAGAAUGUUGGGGAUCCAAAGAGACCCCUACUAAUAAAAGUGUUGAAAAAUGGGUCAUUUAUAAAUCUAUAUAUUUUUGUUUUUAACGCUUAAAUCCCUACAUCAACUUCAAAUCUGUCUGUCAAUUAUAAUUUUUUAUUAUUAUUUUUGAACAAUGACAGUUGGGAAAAAAAAAAAAUCACACUAAAUGUCUCAGGGACCCAAAAUGCCCACCACUCAUAAAAGUGUUAAAAAUAGGUCUUAUAUUAAUCUAUGUUAUUUUUAAUGUAUUUAACACUUAAAUCCCUACAUCAACUUCAAAUCUGUCUGUCAAUUAUAAUUUUUUAUUAUUAUUUUUGAACGAUGACAGUUGGAAAAAAAAAAAAAGAAAUCACAUUAAAUGUCUCAGGGACCCAAAAUGCCCAUCAGUCAUAAAAGUCUUAAAAAUAGGUCUUAUAUAAAUAUAUGUUAUUUUUCAUUUAUUUAACGCUUAAAUCUCUACAUCAACUUCAAAUCCAUCCGUCAUUUAUAAUUUUUGUAUUAUUUUUUAACAAGUACAAUUAAAACAAAAAUAAAAAUCACAGAAAGUGUCGGGGAUCCAAAGGGACCCCUACUCAUAAAAGUGUUGAAAAAAAUAGGUCAUUUAUGCAUCUAUAUAUUUUUGUUUUUAACGCUUAAAUCCCUACAUCAACUUCAAAUCUGUCUGUCAAUUAUAAUUUUUUAUUAUUGUGUUGGCCCUGCGAUGAGGUGGCGACUUGUCCAGGGUGUACCCUGCCUUCCGCCCGAUGGUAGCUGAGAUAGGCGCCAGCGCCCCCCGCGACCCCGAAAGGGAAUAAGCGGUAGAAAAUGUAUGGAUGGAUGGAUUUUUGAACAAUGACAGUUGGAAAAAAAAAAAAUAAAUCACACUAAAUGUCUCAGGGACCCAAAAUGCCCACCAGUCAUAAAAGUCUUAAAAAUAGGUCUUAUAUAAAUCUAUGUUAUUUUUAAUUUAUUUAACGCUUAAAUCUCUACAUCAACCUCAAAUCCAUCCAUCAUUUAUAAUUUUUGUAUUAUUUUUUUAACAAGUACAGUUAAAACAAAAAUAAAAAUUACAAAAAAUGUUGGGGAUCCAAAGAGACCCCUACUAAUAAAAGUGUUGAAAAAUGGGUCAUUUAUAAAUCUAUAUAUUUUUGUUUUUAACGCUUAAAUCCCUACAUCAACUUCAAAUCUGUCUGUCAAUUAUAAUUUUUUAUUAUUAUUUUUGAACAAUGACAGUUGGGAAAAAAAAAAAAUCACACUAAAUGUCUCAGGGACCCAAAAUGCCCACCACUCAUAAAAGUGUUAAAAAUAGGUCCUAUAUUAAUCUGUUAUUUUUAAUUUAUUUAACGCUUAAAUCUCUACAUCAACUUCAAAUCCAUCCAUCAUUUGUAAUUUUUGUAUUAUUUUUUUUAACAAGUACAAUUAAAACAAAAACAAAAAAACACACAAAGUGUCGGGGAUCCAAAGGGACCCCUACUCAUAAAAGUGUUGAAAAAUAGGUCAUUUAUACAUCUAUAUAUUUUUGUUUUUAACGCUUAAAUCCCUACGUCAACUUCAAAUCUGUCCGUCAAUUAUAAUUUUUUUUAUUAUUGUUUUUGAACAAUGACAGUUGAAAAAAAAAAAAAAAAUCACACUAAAUGUCUCAGGGACCCAAAUUGCCCACCACUCAUAAAAGUGUUAAAAAUAGGUCUUAUAUAAAUCUAAGGUAUUUUAUAUUUUCAACGCUUAAAUCUCUAGAUCAACUUCAGCUCUAUCCAUCAUUUAUAUUUUUUAUUUUUGAGCAAUGACAGUUUUGAAUAAAAACAAUUCCCUACAUGGCAGUUUUGUGUAAAUUAGUGUCAAAAUGUUAACAAUUUCUCCUCACGUUACACCUGUUUGCGCUUUCAUUCCAACUUUUAUGUUGUUUUGUAAUAGUAUUUUUAAAAUGGGCCUAGGGCUGUAAAAAAAAUGAAAUGCGAGCGGCAAAAAUAGCCCCAACCCAUGGUUUGGACACCCCUGCAAUAGCAAAAAACUACUUUAGUUUUAUCAAAUAACGUAACCCCGUUGUUCAGCCCUGGUCUAAUGUUCCUUCAGGCUGCUAGGAGCCAAUAAAUCACUGUUUAUGUUCCGCACAGACGUAUUGGAGGGACGGACCAAAGCAGUCAGAGUCAACAAGUGAUAUGUACUGGUGGUCUACCAAAGGUCCGGUUGGUUGGUUGAGUCGGGACUGAACAGAACAAACACACACUUCAAAUAUAGCGUCUGCAGCUUAUCAAUAUUUUUAUGGAUAAAUGUUUGUCGUUGGGAUAUUUGUGGCUGCUCUCUAAGUAUAGUUUGUUUUGGAUUCGGUUAGCCGCUUCCUCUCCUUCACUGUAACUUUUGGAGAGUUGAAUCACUAUAAUUAAUUGUGUAAACCAAGCAGGAAAUACAACAAAUUAACUUUCUAUUGCUUUAACGGCACAAGUCUGUUACAAAUUUACUUCAACAUGCUUACAACCUACAGAAAAACAAAAAGCUUUUCAUAAAAAAUGACUCGUAAGUUACGAUACUCGCUCAGGCUGCAAAUCUUUGGGCACCACACGAUUCGAUUCGGUUCUUGGUGGGUAACCAUUCCAUUCAGAAUUGAUUCUUCAUGAAAAAAUCAAUACUUUUUAAUAACAUUGGAUACCAGUUCUGUGAUUAACUACAUUCCUCCAUGAAAUAGAUAAACAGCUCUGUUAACUUUCUAUUUUACUUAAAAGACAACUGGUAUUGUUCAAUAAAAGUCUACCCGAAGACUUAAAAAAAUCCUUUAAUCGAUUUUUUUUAAGUCAAAUAAAAAAGCAGUACUUUUUUAUUAACAUUGGAUGCCAUUUCUGUGAUUAAGUACAUUCCUCCAUGAAAUCGAUAAACAGCUAUUUAAACUUUCUAUUUUACUUAAAAGACAACUGGUUUUGUUCAAUAAAAUUCUACCCAAAGACUUAAUAAAGUCAAAUAGAAAUAAGGCAACAAGAGAAGUAUUCAGCACUUCUUUUUUUCAAAGAAAAUCUGUAGAGCAAACAUGGGCGUCUAUGUCAAGAAAUAUAUAUAUAAAUGUUUUAUUUUUUGAAAUCAUUACAAAUACGAAUCACAAUAAACAGAAUUUUUUUCUUUAUUUUUUACUCGCAAGUUGAGGUAGUAUUGUACUUAUUUUCAUGCCAGUUUAGUUAAUUCCUUCUUCUUCUGGAUGAGCUGCCUCCCCUCAGUGAGACGUUGUUGUGUGCAAUCAGAUGAUUUUGUAGCUGAAAUGACUUUUUAAUGGUGUGCGUUUUUGUUUGUUUUUAGGUGAAACACGAUGCCUUUUUUCCCCCAAAUGGGCGAGAAUAGAAGUUACAUUCCAUCCAUGUUGGGUUUUGUGUCAACACUGUGAAGCGAGUACAAUGAAGUGAGAAAAAGGUGCUUGUUUUGCCACAGGUGGGAGCGAUACUGCCGUGGAUGCCCAUAACUCAGGUGUCAGCAGACAACAAUCAGCAGGUUUGAUCAAUCUCGCAUGGGGGAUGUUUUCUAGUGGUCUGAGGGUGUCUUUUUGUGGUACUUCCCCCCCUUUUUUUUAACCAUUUUUCAGCAUUUUGAUUCACUUAAAAUGUGUAUUUAUCAGCAGUAUGACAUCAGUUUAUAAUCCAACUUUGAGACAUUCCUCCAGGAAAUAAUACAAUUAUUACCUGCCACUCCUUUAUUGUUUUUGGGUCAAAGCGACUAAGAUUGUUGACUCCUCUGCACAGUUCACACUAAUCAUGUUUCUUCUCUCUAUACUGACUGUGUAGCGCCACCUUUUGGUCUUCUUUUUUAAUGCACCACUUCUCUUGUACUUGUAGUGGACACUUUUCUAAACAAUCCAUUUUAACGUAGCCCAUUGAUAUCAUCAAUAUGUCCAGAAUCACAGCAGGUAUUUAAUAAAUUAUAUAUUGCUUA